AUGAGAAUGUCUGAUCAAGUUAAUUUUGAAACACCGAAGGUUUCCGUGGCUGCCGACAAUGUGCCGUGUCCAAAAGAUACCGCCACCCAGUCGGAUGUUUCAGAUGAGGGCGUCAAAGAAAACUCUGGGAAAAUCACCGCAAUAGAAGCCAAGGCUGUGAAGUACUCGAAGCCUAAAACCAGGCUAAAGCUUGUUCGGAGCCUGGCAAUAUGUGAGGAUUCCUUCCGUUGUCCAAUUCUUGAGCCUUCAUCUGCACCUCAGGAUGAAAUACUCCUUGGAAUGUUAGAAAAGGAUCAUGGCGCCACACAAAAACAGGCUCAGACAGAAGUCAUCUCUGACAAGGUCAACAAGAUGGACAAAAUGCAGAGAAAAACUUUGUCUCGAGAUUCCAGUCAAGACUACACUGACUCCACAGGCAUUGAUCUUCAUCAGUUUUUAGUGAACACACUGAAGAGCAACCCCAGGGACCGAAUUAUGCUGCUUAAGCUCGAACAAGAUAUUUUGGACUUCAUCAGCAACAAUGAAAGUCAAAAAAGAACAUUCCCACCUAUGACGUCCUACCACAGGAUGUUGUUGCACCGCGUGGCCGCCUACUUUGGUUUGGAUCACAAUGUGGACCUGACUGGGAAGUCAGUUGUGAUCAACAAAACUACCAACACGAGGAUCCCCGAUCAGAAAUUCUCCGAGCACAUCAAGGAUGACAGGACGGACGAUUUCCAGAAACGGUACAUUCUUAAACGAGACAACUCCAGCUUUGAUCGCGACGACAGCACCAUUCGGAUGCGUUUGAAAGCAGACAAGAAAAGCAAAUCGAUGGAGGAAAGGGAGGAGGAGUACCAGCGAGCCAGGGAGAGGAUAUUUGCACAUGAUGAAGAUCACUUCAUACUGGAUCAAAGUGCUCAGGAUGACUACGUAUGUACACGUACCCAGCAGAGGCGGCAAAUGUUCAGGUCACGGGCCGGACACUCAGGCGCCAGCUGGCAGAGCAGCUCGGAGACUGAGACGCUGCCACGAAACGGCGAGCCCCGGCCGUGGAGCAGUACUGACAGCUCAGACAGCUCCAACCGCCUCAUCCCGCGCCCUGCCAUCACUAAGGCCAGCAGCUUCAGCGGCCUGUCACGAGGGGACAGCACUGCCAGCAGUAAGAGCACUGGGAGGCUUUCCAAAACAGGUUCAGAAUCAUCCAGCAGCGUCGGUUCUUCGUCCAGCUCGCUCUCCCGUCCCCACCAGCCUUUCACCGUGUCAGUUUCUUUGCGGCCUAAAAUUCCGGGUUUACCUUUCAUCCACCCAGCAGCGGACAAUAAAGGCUCCGCACACCCUGACAUGAUCAAGAGUGCUCCGUCACAACAAACUCCUUCUGCUGAUGUGACAAAUUUUUAUGUGAUGUCACUUGAGGCCUCGAGCAUACCACAUGGCAGCAUUCUUGUCAAUCCACAUACAGGAAAGCCUUUCAUCCAUACUAAUAGCAAUGGUGUAGUUUUUGGUCCUGCAAGCGUGGCACCCCCUGCCGGCAGGGGCCUACAUCAAGGGAAAGUGUCACAGCUACCGACCUCUGCUGCGAGCCAGCAACAGCACAUCAGUUCCCUCUACUCACAGCCAAUGUGUCAUCCAUUCCAACCAUCAUCUGAACCACUUCACAACCCACCAGUUUCUUACCAGCUUCCUCCUCAGUUCCUGCCAGUCUGUACUAACCAACAGUACACUGUGCCUGAAACCCUCAACACUCAGUUCAAUCACAUGACGUUAGCGCAACAGUCGCCCAACAGUGGAGCUCCGGCAACAGACGCUCGCCAUUAUGCAACACUGUACCACCAUCCGGCCUCGGUGGUGUUGCACGGAACGCCCCCGCAGCAGCUUUCUAAUUACGUAGUUGCCGGACCUUCAGGGAGCAACCCAGGAAUGCUCCAAGGCCAGACUGUCCCGCUUCCCACUCUCGGACCUCACCACACCUAUCCUGGCAGCGUGACUGUUCACGCUGCUUUUCCUGGCACUGCUCUGAACCAGCAACACACCAGCAUGCUCCAGCAGCACACGUACAUUCAUCAGCCGGUCCAGCAGAUCUCCGCAUGCUACUGUUCAUCAACUCACCAUCCUCAGUGCUCUAGCCAGCAACAGCACUUCCGUCCGCCUCUGAACCAUUUGCCGCAUAACGUCCCUCAAAGCCAAAGCCUGUCUCAGCAGCAAGUGCGCCAGCCUGUGAUGUCAAGUCCAGCACCUAUAUUGGGAAUGCAGCCAACACCCAACUUUGCUCUCAGUGGUGUCCAGCAGAGCAAUAUUGGCAGCCAGAUGCAAGGCAUGAUGGUCCAGUACUCGCCAAUACAAUCUUGCCAGGUUUCCGUGCCACAGCAUACUGGGUCAAUGUUAGUGUCACCGUGCCCUCCGGGACAAGGUCCAGUAGCAGUCACUGGCAUGCAGCCCUGCUACGGCCUUCUGCCUGCUCCGAAUCAGCACACUACCAUGAGUUCCACUGUGAGUUUUCUGCCCUCUCCAAUGGUGGAGCAGCUCCAGUUCGCUCAGAACUCAUCCUCAUGUGUUGCCCAAGCAAACCCAGGAUUGUUGCCUGCGGCCCCCGGCAACGGUAUGGUGAUGCUACAAAUGUCAGCUCCCCCCUGCCAGCAGCCCCAGGCGUCCUCCCCCUGCCAACAGAAGCAACCUAGCCACAAACACCUGCACCCCGAGCACCCGCGCACCCGCAGACCGACUGAUCACCCGCCGCUUCCUGACAACAUGCAGAGCAGCCUGCUCUCGUCCCCGCCCCUCACACCCUCAUCGGGACAGUCGCACAGCAUCAAGGGCCCGCCAACAGGCAUCGCGUCCUUCCCUACGAUGGCCCGGCAGCUUCCUACAGCCUUCUGCCACAGUGGACCAGGUGAAGCCCAGUACUCCGUUCUGGGCCAGCCUCUGGAGUACAAGCCAUUCAUCCAACCGCCACUCAUCCACACUGGAUACGUGGUGACCAAACAUCAGGGUCCAAUGGGAGUUUGGCAUCGGGGUUAUGGAAGAAAGGCCGGCAAAAAAUCUUUUGCUUCAGAUCACAGUGUAGUUGAAGCAGCAGCGAGCGGGCCUCGAGAGGGUACCGGCGAGACAGACUCUCAAAAUCAACUGCCACGCGUCUGCCAAAAGGGCGAAAUGACAGCGCGUUACACCAGAGAAGCUCCCGGUUUAAACCUGGCUUCGCUCUACUCUACCUGUGCCGUGAUUCCCACUGAUUCUGCGUUUCUCAACGGCGCUCCACAAGCUCAUUUUCAACCUAGAGCUCACCCACCGAGACUUAAAGAGGAGUUAUGCGGCCGAAGCAGCUCAUAG